AUGGCUCGUUUGAAUGAAUACCAGGUUAUCGGCCGUCGUUUGCCCACUGAGUCCGUUCCUGAACCAAAGUUGUUCAGAAUGAGAAUCUUUGCUCAAAACGAAGUCGUUGCCAAGUCUCGUUACUGGUACUUCUUGCAGAGAUUGCACAAGGUCAAGAAGGCUUCCGGUGAAAUCGUCUCUGUCAACGUUAUCAGCGAGCCUCACCCAACCACUGUCAAGAACUUUGCUGUCUGGGUCAGAUACGACUCCAGAUCUGGUACCCACAACAUGUACAAGGAAAUCAGAGACGUCACCAGAGUCGGUGCCAUCGAGUCUUUGUACCAAGACAUGGCUGCCAGACACAGAGCCAGAUUUAGAUCUAUCCACAUCUUGAAGGUUACUGAAAUCGAAAAGACUGCCGAUGUCAAGAGACCUUACGUUAAGCAAUUCUUGACCAAGGACUUGAAGUUCCCAUUGCCACACAGAGUCGAAAAGUCUACCAAGGUCUUUGCCUACAAGAGACCAUCCACUUACUACUAA